UGAAAAGUUUGUUACAUACACCGUAGGGAGUAUAGGUUUUGUUGUGUAAUUGUGACAUUCGGGAAUGUUUGGUAUCAAAAAGGUGUUAUUUUCCAAAAAACUAUAUUUCCUAUAUAGACAGUCUUAUAUGCGCACAACUGCGCCUCCAAAGUCAGCAAUCUGAUUCCACAAUGUUGAGUUUCAGAAUGAUGAACUUGUUGUCCCGUAUCAAAACAAGAACAAAGAAGAAAAUCAAAAGAAAAAAUCCAAACCAAAACCCUCACAAACUCAAAAACCAAAACCCCAUUUCUUCCAUUACCAAAAACCACUCAUCUCUCGUUGAAGAAGAAGAAGAAGAAGAUACCAAAGAAUGUUUCAGCAUCAAAAGCUCUGCCCCAUCACACACACACGGUGUUCAGCCCUUAGGCAAUCUCUAUUUCAAUCCAGGUUCCAUCAACUCCAGAGACACUGGUUUAGGUAAUCUUCAUACCCUCACUGAUGAGCUUGUUCUUGAUAUUCUAGGGUUUUUGGAUGGUAAUAGUUUAGGGGUUUUGGCUUGUGUGAGCAAAUCGUUUUAUGUUUUUACUAAUCAUGAACCCCUUUGGAGGAAUCUUGUGUUGGAGAAUUUUGUUGAUGGGUUUCAGUAUAAUGGGUCAUGGAAAUCUACUUUUGUUGUUUCUAAGGGGUACCCUUUGUUGCAUAUGGCGAGUGGUGAUGUUCGGAGUUUUAAAGUUAGAGACUUUUAUUCUGAUUAUCUUUUUCAGAGUUGGUUAUGUGCUAAUCUUGAAAUGAAAGGUGAAUGGUUGGAGAGGGAUAAUAUUGUUAGGAAGAGAGGGAUUUCGGUUGCGGAGUUUGUGGCGAAUUUUGAGGAGGUUAAUAAGCCGGUGUUGUUGGAAGGGUGUAUUGAUAAUUGGGAUGCAUUGAGGAAUUGGGAUAGAGAUUAUUUGGUUAAUUUGUGUGGUGAUGAUGUUAAGUUUUCGGUUGGGCCGGUGGAGAUAAAGCUUAAGGACUAUUUUGGGUAUUCGGAUCAAGUUAGAGAAGAAAGGCCGUUGUAUUUGUUUGAUCCAAAAUUUGCUGAAAAAGUUCCGAAAUUGGGUUUGGAAUAUGAAGUUCCGGUGUAUUUUCGGGAGGAUUUGUUUGGUGUUUUGGGAAAUGAGAGACCUGAUUAUAGGUGGAUUAUUAUUGGACCAGCUGGGUCUGGAUCGUCUUUUCACGUUGAUCCAAAUUCAACUUCAGCUUGGAAUGCUGUGAUCAAGGGGUCGAAGAAAUGGGUAUUGUUUCCUCCCGAUGUUAUUCCGCCCGGUGUUCAUCCUAGCCCUGAUGGUGCAGAGGUUGCUUCACCUGUUUCAAUAAUUGAGUGGUUCAUGAACUUUUAUGGUGCAACAAAGAAUUGGAAAAAGAAACCAAUUGAGUGCAUAUGUAAAGCUGGGGAGGUUAUCUUUGUGCCUAGUGGAUGGUGGCAUUUGGUGAUCAACCUGGAGGAAUCAAUUGCCGUAACACAAAACUAUGUUAGCAGGAGAAAUUUGUCAAGUGUCUUGGAGUUUCUUAAGAGGCCGAACGCAAGCACACUGGUAUCUGGAACAAAGGAUAGAGUAAAUUUGCAUGAUAAGUUUAAGAAUGCUAUUGAGGCUUCUUUUCCUGGAGCAAUUGAUGAACUGGCCCAAAAAGAAGAAGAGAAAAAGAUCCAGCAAAGGAAACUUUCCUUCUGGGAUUCUGUUGCAGACACCAGAGUGGGAGCUUUCAAGUUCUCUUUCUAGAGAGAAAUUCAUACAUAGUAGUGACGACUGAAGUUACUGAUCCAAAUUUCCGGCUGAUUAUAGAAAUCAAUUUUGACAUUUUGAUUAGUUUUUAAUUUGUUGUACUCUAUUUUUUUUAGAAGCUAUUACAGAAAUCCAAUUGCAUAUGUGGACCCUAAAGUCUAGUGUUCCUUUGAUUGCUUCAAUGUUUUCACUAGCUAAGAAAUGGCUGAGUAUUUGUUGCGAUAAGCGCAAGUCUAUGUAUGUUUGAUUGAUUUUGUGUGACGAGUAUUUAUUUUGACAUACCUUGAUUUUGAUUGAAA